AUGGCCAUUGGGAAUGGUCCGUCUGGUUUGCAUUCCUAUGCAGUUAACCCGUUGUUCAUGCAUUUCACCAUUCUUUCUACUAUCAUUUAUCUCCUGUCGGUCUCUGAAAUGAAGCUUCCGUCGUUCUUUCUUCCUAUAGCACUUACAGCUACAGCUCUCGCCCAAACCCUGAACAUCGUUGCGCACGAGGACGAUGACCUUCUCUUCCUCAGCCCGAAUCUUCUUCAUGAGGUGCAAUCUGGACGGCAUAUCCGCACCAUUUUCAUUACUGCUGGGGAUGCAGGCAAUGAUGCAAGUUAUUGGACCUCGCGGCAGGAAGGGUCGAAAGCUGCGUAUGCCCGGAUGAGCAACGUCAGUAACUCCUGGACCCAGUCGGACGCCGGGGUCCCAGGUUUCAACAUCCCUUUGUUUACGCUUAAUAAUAACCCCAACAUAUCACUCGCAUUCCUUCAGCUGCCAGAUGGGAACAACGGGGGCGAAGGCUUUGGAUUAGGCAGUCUGCAACGCCUAUGGGAAGGAAGUAUAGAUUCUCUAACAUCCUUCAGCGGGUCGUCGUAUUCCAAGCACGCAUUGGUGGAUGUGCUUAGAAAAAUGGCCAAUGAUUUCGGCUGUGACAACAUCAGAACACAAGACUUUGUUCAUGGAUAUGGCGAAGGUGACCAUAGCGAUCAUCUUACCACCGCUUAUUUCGUCCGGGAGGCCUUCGACAAUUGUGACGUUGGGAAGCCAAUUACAAGUUACAUGGGAUACCCUGUGGAGUCGCUUGCGGUUAACAUAGACGAUGAGACGCUCGCACAGAAAAAGGCUGCUUUCUACACAUAUGCUGGUUACGAUAGGAAUACAUGCAGCAGUGAUGAGAGUUGCCGCGGACGAUCUGAGGAGGCCUGGGUUCAAAGGGAAUACGUUGUCGCUGAAGUGGACCAGGCACACUGCCGCGUUCCGAAACGACCUAAUGCCAGGAAUAAGGGAAAGGCUAUGGCCGGCAAGCCUCUGGCUCAAUCAUAA